AGCUGAUUGGCCCGCGCUGGCCCCGCUCUCCAUUGGCCGGAGGUCUUCGAGCAGGUCGUGCAGCUGUGGAGCGACCUGCGAGCUACCGUUUGAGGCCCGGGGGCGUCUGGGGGAGGCUGACCGCCCGCCCGGCCCUUGUCGCCAGCCCCAGGUUUUCGCAGGAAUCUUGGGAAACCAAAAUGAGGCAUAAUCAGCUGUAUUGUGAGACACCACCUACUGUUACUGUUCAUGUAAAAUCUGGGUCAAGUAGAUCACAUCAGCCUAAAAAACCUAUUAAUUUGAAGCGCCCUAUUUUUAAAGAUUGUAGGCCAGCAUCUGAAAAAAAUGUGCAGAUUAGCAACAAGUCUAAACGCCCCAAAGGACCCUGUCUGGUUAUACAGCGCCAGGAAAUGACUGCUUUCUUUAAAUUAUUUGAUGAUGAUUUGAUUCAAGAUUUCUUGUGGAUGGACUGCUGCUGUAAAAUUGCAGACAAGUAUCUUUUGGCUAUGACCUUUGUUUAUUUCAAGAGGGCUAAAUUUACUAUAAAUGAGCAUACAAGGAUAAAUUUCUUUAUUGCUCUGUACCUGGCUAAUACAGUAGAAGAAGAUGAAGAAGAAUCCAAAUAUGAAAUAUUUCCAUGGGCUUUAGGGAAAAACUGGAGAAAAUUGUUCCCUAAUUUCUUAAAGCUAAGGGAUCAACUCUGGGAUAGAAUUGACUAUAGGGCUAUUGUAAGCAGGCGAUGCUGUGAGGAGGUUAUGGCCAUUGCUCCAACCCAUUACAUAUGGCAACGAGAACGCUCUGUGCAUCAUAGUGGAGCUGUUAGAAACUACAACAGAGAUGAAGUUCAACUGCCCCGGGGACCUAGUGCCACACCGGUAGAUUGCUCCCUCUGUGGUAAAAAAGGAAGAUAUGUUAGACUGGGAUUGUCUUCGUCAUCAUCUUCAUCCAGUGAUACAGUACAGGUGAUGGAAAAACAUUCUCAGGAAUCACACAACCCAUUCUCAAUGGGCAUGAUAGUUGAUCCUUCUCAAGCUUAUAGCUAUUCUCAAGUAGCCAAUGACCAUCAAUCAAACAAAGAAAAGAAAACUAAUUUCAUGAAGAAAGACAAAUCUAUGGAGUGGUUUACAGGAAGUGAAGAAUGAGAUGGCUCAACUAAACCAACCUGGAAUCAUA